AGGACGAUCACGUUAGGUAAUAUGUAGUGAUGGAUUCAGAUGAGGAUGAAAUAUUUGAAAAGAGUGUAUUCGACAAUGAUGCGAUCAGCAAAGGGGAUUUGGUGUGGGCUCCACUGAAGGUAGAUGAUAAUGGCGGGAAUGCAAUGUGGCCUGCCAAGGUUACUUCAGUGAAGGGGGGUGAAAAAGUAACUGUAAAGAUGCUUGGUCGUCAAAUGAAAGCUAUCACUGUUGAAGGCUGUGUGCCUUAUGUUCUGAAUGAUGAGUACGAGGAUAAGGGGAAGGGAUUACCACUGUGGGAUGAAGCAAUAUCAUUGGCUAAGGAGAUUGUGGAUAAAGAAACUAACGGUAUAAUUCAAACUAAAUUGCCGUCUACUCCUCAACCUGCUAGUUCGAGUACAGAAGAUGGCCGAGGUAAGCGGAGAAAGUUGGGUAGCCGUACAAACAUGACUGGGCAUGUUCAGGGGGACAUAGUUUGGGCCAAGUACAGGAACCACCCGGUUUGGCCUGCAAAGGUUACGGACAUAGAAAGUGGGUACCUCAUGAUUCACUACCUGGUGUACGGUCAACAUUCCAUCAGAACUGCCCUGAGAAACAUCUCUCACUUUGACUGUACUGACUAUGUCAGCAACGUAGAGGCGGGCAUAAAUUCCACUCUGUCAGCGGAAUUCAAAAAAGCAUUCAUGAUAGCUUACGAGGAAUUCACAGCUCUGAAUCCUAAUGUUGAGCUGUCUAUCACUCCGCUCCAGCUCUUCUCAAAUGGGAACCAUGCGCCUAAAGAACCCGUGUCACCCCACAAAGGCAAAAACCAACUUGUGCACUUCAUCAACAAAAACGAAGAAAUGUUCUUGAAAAUAAUCCAAGGAAAGCUAGUGUCUCACUAUCACAAGGAGUUUAAGAUAAGUAAAGAUACCCUUAACAAUGGUGCAUUGUUCGGUUCAUUCGCCAAAACCGAGUUGGAGGAAGAGAGAGUUGUCGCUGCUAUCGGACAGAUGCAAGCGAAAUUUGCUAAGAGAUAUAAGCUCCCCCAAGCGUACGGUCUGAGUGUUAUGCUACCUGAAGCUAUAAUACGACUCGUGAUGUUCAAACAACAGCUCCCCUACUCCAAGGCUAAGCAAGUUUAUCAAACCGACAUCUUGAAGGUCAAGAAAGGUGACAGAUUGAAAGCUCGGGAAGCACUUCUCAACACGACCAUCUCACAAGAAGCUAAAGAGGAGUUCGAGGAGCUAUCUAAUCUAAAACUCCAGAAAAGUCUAGAGUCUCAUCGUGGAAAGGGCAAGAUAAAGAGAAAGAGAUAGCUGGUUGAGUUUUAGGCGUGGUUUCCGAAAACCUCAUAAUUCUGGUAGAAAUUAUGUGAUCUGUUACUGUCAAUAUCCUGGUGAAAAUUAUUUUCCGCUGUAUUUUACCAGAGUUAAAGCUAGAUUUAUUUACGUUUUCCAAAAUGUAUUUUAAAGUUUUAAGCUUAAGCUGAUUCGAAGGCGAUCGCUAAUUUGCUCGAUCUUGCGAAAUAUCCGUGUUCAACCCCUAAGAGCUUACUUAGGUUUAUUUACUGGAAGUUAUGGCGGGUUAUAUAAUGGACUGUAUUAUUAAUUUUGGCUAAUCAAGUCGCUGCUGUUAUGAAAUUUUUGUGGAGUAUUUUCAGAACUUUUGAUAUAGUGUCUGUUGACACCGUGAAAAAUAUUGUUGACUUUUUUAUGAUUUGAAUAUUUAUUAUUUGAGAACACAGUUUUUGAGUUAAAAUCUGUGGACCCAAUGU